CCGCCCCCCAGAGCUGCAGCCUUUGAGAGCUCGCUCUGUGCCGUCUGUCUACUGCUCACCGGCGCCAUGUUAGGAGCUGUAGGACGCUGCUCCGCUGGGGCUAUCAGGGCCCUGAAACCGGCCUCCAGCCCGAUCCAGCUCGGCCAGAACCUGCUCAGGAGCUCCCCGGCGGCACUGCACUCCCGGAGAGACUAUGCAGCACAGACAGCCACAGCAGCCAAACCCGGCGUUGCCACAGGACGCAUUGUGGCAGUUAUUGGUGCUGUUGUGGACGUUCAGUUUGACGAAGGGCUACCACCCAUCCUAAAUGCUCUUGAGGUUCAGGGAAGGGACACCAGGCUGGUAUUGGAAGUUGCUCAACAUUUGGGUGAGAAUACUGUACGUACCAUUGCUAUGGAUGGUACAGAAGGCUUGGUGAGAGGGCAGAAGGUCCUUGAUGCUGGCACACCAAUCAGAAUUCCUGUUGGUCCUGAAACACUGGGAAGAAUCAUGAAUGUCAUUGGUGAACCAAUUGACGAAAGAGGCCCUAUUACAACAAAACAAUUUGCUGCAAUCCACGCAGAGGCACCAGAGUUUGUGGAAAUGAGUGUUGAGCAGGAAAUUCUGGUUACUGGCAUCAAAGUGGUAGACCUGUUGGCUCCAUAUGCUAAAGGAGGAAAAAUUGGCCUGUUUGGUGGUGCUGGUGUGGGUAAAACUGUACUCAUCAUGGAACUGAUCAACAAUGUAGCCAAAGCCCAUGGUGGUUAUUCUGUGUUUGCUGGAGUGGGAGAACGAACCCGUGAAGGAAAUGACUUGUAUCAUGAAAUGAUUGAGUCAGGUGUCAUCAACCUGAAGGACACAACUUCAAAGGUAGCACUGGUAUAUGGACAGAUGAAUGAGCCACCAGGUGCCAGAGCCCGUGUAGCUUUGACUGGACUGACUGUUGCUGAAUACUUCAGAGACCAAGAGGGACAAGAUGUGCUGCUAUUCAUUGAUAACAUUUUCAGGUUCACCCAGGCUGGCUCAGAGGUGUCUGCCUUGCUUGGUCGUAUCCCUUCAGCUGUCGGUUAUCAACCAACCCUGGCUACUGAUAUGGGUACCAUGCAGGAGAGAAUUACUACCACAAAGAAAGGAUCUAUCACUUCUGUGCAGGCUAUUUAUGUGCCUGCUGAUGACUUGACUGACCCUGCUCCUGCAACCACCUUUGCUCACUUGGAUGCCACUACUGUGUUGUCUCGUGCCAUUGCGGAGUUGGGUAUCUACCCUGCUGUCGAUCCCCUGGAUUCUACCUCCCGUAUCAUGGAUCCAAACAUUGUAGGAAAUGAACAUUAUGAUGUUGCUCGUGGAGUACAAAAGAUUCUGCAGGAUUACAAGUCCUUACAAGAUAUUAUUGCUAUCUUGGGUAUGGAUGAAUUGUCAGAAGAAGACAAAUUGACUGUGGCAAGAGCCCGUAAGAUUCAACGUUUCCUGUCUCAGCCAUUCCAGGUUGCUGAAGUGUUUACAGGGCAUGCUGGUAAACUGGUCCCACUGAAGGAUACCAUCAAGGGAUUCCAACAGAUUCUUCACGGAGAGUAUGAUCACCUUCCAGAACAGGCAUUCUACAUGGUUGGACCUAUCGAAGAAGCUGUAAUAAAGGCUGAGAAACUUGCAGAAGAGCACUCUUAAAGACUCAUUUCCCUGUUCCAAAAGCACUCGCAACACCUCACCUUCGUCAUAAAAGUAACGCUUGAAGCCUGCUUCUGUAAUGGAUCAUGAUGGCUAAGUGUAUUUAAAGUUUUCAAUAAAACAUCUCUGUAAAAAGACCUGA